AUGGUUGAACGUUCUAUAGGGCUUUUGAAAGGUCGUUUCCGAAGUAUUUUAGAUACACUUCCAAUGGAGUUGAUACGUGAGGAGUUUUACUCCUUCCGGGACGAAAUUGUGAGCUUGUUUCGUGCUGAUGUGGAGAGGAUUGACUCGGAGCUGCAGUUGCUAUCGGGCAGGCUGAAGGUUGUGGAGGAGAGAGUUGCUGCUGUUCCUGAUCUCUUGUUGGAAGUCAAGAGGACAUUAUCCACGAGACUCUGUAAAAGUCAACAUCACAUGUUGCUUCAUCGAGAAACUGCGUCUUCGUCGGUAACUCCCGUUGCCUCAACAUCGUCGCACACUUCACCUUCUAAUGACACCUCUUCGGUUGCAGGAACACCUGAAAAACCUAUAGCCCUCUCUCACGUGGCUGCCACCGUCGAUUGCUCCGAUUCGCCGACUAUCUUGGCCACUGCGAAAGUUCGCAUUCUCGUCACGGGUGGAAACAGUCUGGUAGUACGAGCUCUGCUGGAUCAGGGCUCAGAGGUCUCUCUCAUUCGAGAAUCGUUGGUGCAACUACUUCGUCUUCCUCGUCAUCGUUCUCUCAUGCACAUCUCCGGCGUCGGUUCUCGGGACGUGGGAGCCACUCGCGGAGUUGUGUCUCUUCGACUCCAAUCGUGCGUCGAACCAUCCGAUAAGUUCAUUCUCCAGGCGUAUAUUCUGCCUCAGUUUACCAGAAAAAUUCCGUCGGAACCGAUCACAUCUUCGUGGGAACAUCUCCAAGGUUUGCCAUUCGCGGACCCGGACUUCGCCAUUCCCGGUCCCAUUAACCUCCUUCUUGGAGCAAAUAUCUAUGGCCUUCUCUUAAAAUCCGCCAUCCGCAAAGGGCCGCUAAAUGCUCCCGUGGCUCAAGAGACCUCUCUCGGUUGGAUAGUCUCCAGGCCGACCUCGCAACAAUCUCGACGAUCGGGGCAGGUGAUGACCGUUUCCAUUUCAUCGUCAUCCGACGUAAACUUGGACGAGGCGCUACAACGCUUCUGGGAACAAGAAGAGGUUCCCGCAUUACCAUGCGCACGUCUCACCGCUGAGGAGCUAGAAUGCGUGAAUCAUUUUCGCUCAACGCACUCCCGCGACAGUACGAGGAGAUACAUCGUCCAUCUGCCGUUUCGAUCGGGGUGUGGAGAACUGGGCUCCUCACGAUCCGCCGCACUUCGACUGCUAGAACGCAUGCAACAUCAGAUCCGGCGAGAUGCUACCUUUGGUCAACUCUACGUCGACUUCAUGAAGGAAUACGAGGCGUUGGAGCACAUGACGCUCAGCUCUAACUCGUCAUCAACGGGCGCGAAUUUUCUACCGCAUCAUGGAGUUUUGCGGCAAAAUAUCUCAACGACUAAACUCCGAGUAGUCUUCAAUGGAUCGGCACGCACUUCGUCUGGACUCUCGCUCAAUGACUGCCUUCACGUUGGGCCUAAAUUACAUCAAGACAUUGUCGCUGUUCUGCUUCGUUGGCGGGUUCACACAUUCGUCUUCGCUGCCGAUAUUGAGAAGAUGUUUCGGCAGAUUCUUCUCCACGCGGACGAUCGAUACUUCCAGAAAAUCUUGUGGAGUGCUUCUGGAACCCCUCUGGAGUAUUUCUUGGGUACGCUGACUUACGGACUCGUCAGUUCACCCUAUCAAUCCAUUCAGACACUGCUGCAGCUCGCCGACAACGAGGAGCAUCGCUUUCCCCUGGCCGCAAACGUUUUACGGUCUGACUUCUAUGUGGACGAUGUGCUUUCGGGUGAUGACACUCCUCAGCUCGCAUACGAAAAGGCGCUCCAGUUAACGAAUCUCCUCAAGGCGGGCGGCUUCAAACUACAGAAAUGGUCCACCAAUGAAAGCUCGAUCCUGGAGGACAUCGUCGUACCAGCACCGUCCAACUCAUCCACCCGAGAGUUUGAUGCGGAGACUCGCAUGUUGGGACUGACAUGGCAUCCGUCGUCUGACACAUUCCACUUUAGGGUCAGUCAAUCUGAUUCUUCGGUCACGCCCACAAAACGAAUCGUUUUUUCUCGAGUAUCGCAGCUGUUUGAUCCGCUCGGCUGGCUCUCUCCAGUCACCAUCCUCGGCAAAAUUUUUAUUCAAAGCCUGUGGAAAGCUCAAGUCGGUUGGGACGAGCCGCUUUCUCCUUCCUUGUCUCAGCAGUGGAAUUUUCCGGAGAGCUAUGUAAUGUUCAAGCCUACGCGAUUCCUCGCUGGUUGCACACUCGUUCAAAUUCUCAAGCUCUCGAACUUCAUGGUUUCUCGGAUGCUUCUCAGAAUGCUCUCGGCGCAGUCAGUUUCCUGCGCACCUUUUCCGACAUUGACGACGUAA